AUGGACCAGUAUGCUGCGCUACGGAACUCCAUCUAUAGUGCAGUCCAGGAGUACGAGUCCUACAAGUCGCAGAGCAUCGAUACAAAAUCACCAAGGCUCGAGCAAGCUACCAAUCGCCCAUCAAGUGGUCUCCAUGGGCGACCAGGAUUAGGCUCAGCUGGUAGCUCGCGUAAUGUCAGCCGCGAGCAACUGCCGACACUGUCUAGUCUGCAUGCGAGCGAGCGACAAGACCGAGAGACAUCUUUGCCAUCCCCCUCCUUGCCUGAUCGCCGCGAUGCUGGAUCACCCUCGCCAACACGGAGCGCUCCAGCGGGCGGAUUCGACGAGUUUCUUGCAGCUGCCGAGUCAUACGAGUCGCAGACCCUGCUUAUUGAUCUGCUGUAUCUACAAGGAAUCGUCGAUUUUAUGCGCUCAGAGCAUCCCUAUACCUCCAACACGCUGCGUAAAGCCAUGGACGCUCGUAACAAGGAUAAGCGUAAACUAUGGCAGAUUUAUACAAAUGAGAUGCAGGGCCUUGCAAGAGCCUACUCGUCUGGUAAGCCCCUGCCAAGUCCUGUAACAUCCUCUCUACGCAAGCAGAGCGCUCGCUACGAUGUGCUCAAGGUACAGAUUGCAGAGUGCAAGAAGGAACUUCGGCAUACGCUGCUCAAACUCGAUAAGCAAGAACAGACGUGUGCAGAAACAGUCAUGGAUGCGCUGGUGCAUCUGCACAGACAAGCGAUUAUGGAUGCGCGGCGGCGUUAUGCCAUGGCCGACCCCAUCCACGACAAGACAACACCGAUCGAGGCGCAUAAUGAACGUGCGCGUGUCUUCAACCAGAUUGUCAAGUUUGUGGCUGAUGACCUGAGACGGAUAGAGACGCUCAUGCGUCAUACGGGUGGUGCCUCAGGAGGACAUGGCGUGCCUGCUACGGGCAAGGACAAGAAGAAAGGAGCCGGCGUGGUCGAGGCUGUUGAGGCCUUGAAUCUUCCAGACUAUCCACCCUUCAACUGA